GAUGCAAAUAGUGCCAGUUAUAAAUACCCCAGUAUAUUUCACAACUUAAAUACAUAUGGUUGUUCUGAAAGGGUGUGGAGUUGGGGGAGGGGGUGUGGAUAUUAAUGAUUCUCUUGACCAUAGAUUUGAAGGUUUCAGUGAGUGUUGCUUUGCUGACUCAUUCGUUUCCACGGUCAGACCACAUCCUUUGAACACAUAAAGCUGAGCAUCACAGCGAGUUUCAGUGCAUUCAGCGUCUGAUCAAAGAGGGAAGAAGAAAUGUCCUGCCUGAAGAAUUUCAGUCUUCUCAUCUCAUGUGUGCUCCUCUUCAUCAUCCAGCCAGGUCGUGGUUCUGAGAUUAUUAAUGGGAAAGAAGUCAAUCCACACUCACUGCCUUUCAUGGCUUAUGUGAAAAGUGUAACUAAAUCUUUCUGUGGAGGGACAUUAAUCCAUCCACAGUGGGUGCUGACAGCUGCCCACUGCACUGGGAGUUAUCAGGUGAUGCUGGGAGCCCACUCCAUAACAAAAAACGAAAGUUCCAAGCAACUCCGAGUCGUUGAGAAAAGUUUUCCUCAUCCUGACUACUGUUGUGCAAAGCACGACAAUGACCUCAUGUUGCUGAAGCUUAACAAACCGGUGUUGAAAACCAGAACAGUGCAGUGGCUCGAGUUUGGCAACACUGUGAGAGACCCGGCAGCUGGCAGCAUGUGUCUGGUGGCUGGAUGGGGAGUAACUGAAAACAGCCAAACAUCAGACGUCCUCAUGUCUGUCAAUGUGACUGUGGUGGACAGACAGACGUGCAACUCUUGUGUUUAUUAUAACCACGACCCUGUUAUCACCAAAGACAUGAUAUGUGCUGGUUCAGAUGGUACAAACGUCGCUGAUACCUGUCGAGGGGAUUCAGGAGGGCCGCUGCUGUGCGAUGGAGCGCUGGUUGGAGUCACUUCUUUUGGAGAGGGUUGUGGUACCAUUAAAAAACCUGGAGUCUACUCGUUUGUCUCAGAGAGACAGCUGUCCUGGAUCAAAACUACGAUGAAUUAUUUCUAAAUGUCAUGAAACCACAGACAUCAGGCAGCAUGAUUUGAUGUUAUAUCUGUCAGUGUUAUUCAGUUUAUCAUUUUACUGUUCCUCUUACAGUUUAUGAGUUUUUUGUUUCUGCCAGCUUGCUAUACUUUUUAAAAAAAAAUAGAUUCUGCACUUGGUUAGUCCACCACAUGAAAUUUUACCAUCUUUCACCACACAAACCAGACAGAAACAUGGUUAUAUCUAAUCAUCAUUCUUCCAAAUAAUUUAAAGAAUUCCCAAACACGAGUGCUCCUGGUUGUUGCAGAUGAGUGCAGCUGCAGUAAAACCAGGGAGAAGCUAUUUUUAUGUACACUCAAAACCCAUGAAUGUAAAAUAAAACAGAGAGAUUAUUCAGACUGUCAAACAGAUUCAACGGCUCAUAUACAACCAACUGAACCUGAAAAUGAGGCCUGUGGACAGGAUUGUUGAAAAAGACAAA